AUCUUGGCCAAGAUGAGGCUCGAGUCGGAAGUGGGUGAAGGCAGCGGUCAAGGUAAUGGCUGGUAAGAGCUGAAGGCCGGGGGUGCAGCACCGCGUAUAUAAGGCAGGCCGGCCGCUCACCAGCAUCAGUGUUCUGCCACCGUUAACAACAUGAAAUUUGUGAUCCUCGCCGCCCUGGCCUCCGUGGCCCUCGCCGCCCCCCAGUACUCCUACGACGCCCCCGCCAGGGACUCCAGCGAGGAGCGCGAGUUUGUCCCCAUCCUUAGGGACGAACGCGUCCACGAGGAGGACGGAACCUACAACCUGGACGUGGAGACCGGCAACGGCAUCGUCCUUUCCCAGUCUGGCUCCCCCGACGGCCCCGAUGGCUCCGUGGUGAAGGCUGGAGAAUACUCCUACACCGCCCCUGACGGCACCCUCGUUGAAGUCAAGUUCGUUGCCGACGAGAACGGCUUCCAGCCCCAGUCUGAUGUGCUGCCCGUGGCCCCCGCCUUCCCCCACCCCAUCCCCCAGUUCGUGCUGGACCAGAUCGCUAAGGCCGCCGCCGAGGACGCCGCCCGCGACUCCUCCGAGGAGAGCUACAACUACGCUCCCCCAGCUCCCUCCAGCUCAUAUGGAGCUCCCCAGUAACUGAUGUAAAUAUUUAUUAUUUAAUAUUUAUUUUGACUCGAGUAAACGGACUGCAAAUCA